AUGGAACAAAUUGAAUUGAAUAAUCCUGAAUUAAGAAAUACAAAAUGUAAUUUAGAUGGUGAUCCUAAGACAGAUUGGUUCCGUAAUAAAAAUGGUUUACUUUUAAAAACAUAUGGGUGGAUUGUUAAAAAUGCUAUAGGAAUUAUAUUGUUAAUACAUGGAUUCAAAUCUCAUGCUCGAUUAACAUUUAUGAAAAUAAAUUUAAAAAUGCCAAAUAAAAAUAGAGGCUUAGUAGUAGACACUAAUAAUUACUAUAUUUAUAAAGAUAGUUGGAUUGAAAAUUUUAAUCAAAAUGGUUAUUCAGUAUAUGCGCUAGAUUUGCAAGGUCAUGGAGAAUCACAAUCAUUGGAAAAUAUAAGAGGUCAUAUUAAUUGUUUUGAUGACCUAGUUGAUGAUGUAAUACAAUAUAUGAAUCACAUUCAAGAUGAAAUAUCAAAUGAAAAUAAAAUGGAUGAUGAAUCUCAUGAUAUAGUAACAACUAAAAAAAAAAGGCUUCCUAUGUAUAUUAUUGGGCAUUCGAUGGGAGGAAAUAUUGCUUUAAGACUAUUGCAAUUAUUAAAGAAAGAACAAGAAAAUAAAAUUAAUUCUGGAGAUGCAAAUGACAAUAAUAUGAUAGAAGAUAUUAUUAAUGAUAUGGAUAACUCUAAUGAUCAUGCUAUAGAAGAUAUGAAUAAUACGCAUUUAAUUACCAAUUCUAAUGAUUGUGAUUCCGAUAAUCCCUGUGCUAGUACAUCUUCUACGACAAAUUCUAUUGAUAGUGCUAGUGAUAAAAAUGAAGGAUACUAUAAUUAUUUUGAUAAAUUAAAUAUUAAAGGUUGCAUAUCUUUAUCUGGUAUGAUGAGAAUAAAAUCAAUAUUUAAUGAUGGAAACAAUUCAUUUAAGAAUGUUUAUUUACCUAUAGUAAACUUCAUGUCUCGUGUUGCACCUAAUGUACUAAUUCCGUCAGGAAUUCGUUAUAGUAUAUCCAAGUAUGUUGGUAGUAUAUAUAAACAUGAUAAAUUUCGAAAUAAUAAUGGAAUCAAAUUUAAAUGUAUGUCUGAACUUAUAAAGGCAACGAUCACAUUGGAUUGUGAUAUUAAUUAUAUGCCAAAUGAUAUUCCUUUAUUAUUUGUGCAUUCAACAGGUGAUAGUGUUUGUUCUUAUGAUGGGACAGUUUCGUUUUAUAAUAAAGCAAGUGUUAGUAAAAAAAAUUUACAUCAUGUUGAUGAUAUGGAUCAUGAUAUAACGAUAGAGCCAGGAAAUGAAGAAAUUUUAAAAAAAAUUAUUGAAUGGAUUUCUAAUUUAAGAAAGAAUGAUGAAGAUAAAAAGGAAAAUUAA